AUGUCUGUCGCUGGGCCAUCUCUCAGGAUCGUGCUAGAUCGCGAUCCCCUCGGCAAACCGUACAAGCCCGGCGACACGAUUAGCGGUCGAGUCUGUCGCACCCUAGCGACUGUCGCUCCAGAAGCAAACCUAACCGUCACUCUCCAUGGGCGGUCUACCUCCAAGGUUUCGGACACCAAGGUUUCGCUCGAUUGUCUGGGUCCGCCUGUCUCCUAUGUCUUGCUCGCUGGUGCUCCAGUACACAUUCCCCGGUCUGGCGAGGGUGGAUCGUGGCCAUUCGCCAUGACGAUUCCCGCUUUAGUCUCAGACAUUCGAAGCCCGUCACAACAGAAGCACUAUCCUGCACCAGGUGGUACGCUUGAAACGCCUUUCCCUCCGCCGGGGACCUUCCAUUUCAACGGAGAAUCUAUCUGGACAGGCGAAGGCGGCGCAGCCUCUAUAAACUACUAUGUUGAGGCACGACUGGACCUCUUACAUCAGUGCAAUGGCAGAAAUGUACGGGACACCCUUACUGCUAAGGCGACAUUCGACCUCCGGAACGUCAAUCCAGGCGCGCCUAUUGCGGAUUUCAGCAUGAAGACAUCGACCAGGCAGUGUAGUAUCAGUACGUACCGACUCAUUCCAGGUGUCGGCGAUCUCAGUUUUAGCCAGAAUCUGAGGCAAUCCCUGAAUUCUUCCAAGGUUCCCAGAUUCACGUUCAAGGUUAUUCUUUCUCUUCCCAGUACCCUGCAAGUUGGCAAUGGCAAUACUAUCCCAAUCUCCAUCACCAUCGUUCCAAAUUUUCAAUGCACAAGCGAGAUUGUCCAUGGUGUCCCACAGGAAAUCUUCUUCAGGGCAUUCCGGCUGAAAGUCAAAGCAAGCACAACCGCGCGCGCCGAAAGAUACACCGACUCGAGAACCACACCAGGGAGGAAUCUCAUUCCACUCGGCUCCGUUAGCUCACUCGGCCCUCCAGGACGUACUAUUUCAAUUAUUCCUGGCAUCGAGACUGAAUCCGUACCUCUUAAUAUCGGCGAGAUGCUGAUGGUAAAUACGGCCCAAAGCAACCUGCACCCGGAUUUUCGUACAUACAAUAUUUCCCGCACGAACUCGCUACGCUGGGAGUUGGAUGGGAGUGUAGCGGGAGAGGAUUUUUCCCUGAGCUCCUCACAUUCAGUGAAGAUAUUGCCGGCGUCAGGGGAAGUUGCAGAGCCUGCUGGGCUUGAAGGACUUGGAGGACUUGGAGAGCUUGGGGAAAUCGGGGAGCCUGGGGGUGAGGAGCUACCAGGGUAUAGUAAGGUGAAAGAACCCCCGCCUGCAUAUAACCUCUAG